AUGGCCGACUACGCUCAUUACUUUGUAAGUCUCCCUUCGAACUACAGUAAUCCGCAAAACACGGCGAUAUUUUUUUCAAAAAAUCGACCUUCUCCAGGCCUGCCGCCAUUUCCUCCGAGAGAACACCGGAAUCGAGCUCUUUUUGCUGGCCAUGAUCCACAUCUUGGUGGUGGCGAACCUGUCGCUCGGGCUGGGCUACGCACUCAUGAGUCGGAUCGUGAAGAACUACCGGACCGCCCUCACCAUUCUCCCCACUAUGGCCAUGUUGGAGUACAUGCGAGUGUACAAAAAGUCGCCGUUCGAGAGAGCCCAAAAUCCGGAGCUGGCGGCGAAACGCGAGGCCGGCGGAAUGAGUGUCACAGAGCAUGGAGAAGGUGAGUUGAGGGGAAAAAUCAAAAAAAAAAAAAAAAAAUUUUUUGAAAUUUUUGUGUGGGGUACCAUGGAUGACAACUUACAUUUUUUUUAUGAAAGUUGGAAAAUAUUUUCUAAAUAGGCCACAUUUCGGUGAAAGUUCCUUAUUCUGGCCACAAACUUAUAACUUUGCGGAAACUGGACAGAAAUAGCCCAAAUUUGGCGUGCUGGCUCAAUUCAUCGUUGUCAAUUCCCGGACAGUGGAUUUAGUUAGUGAGUUACCUUCUUUUUUACGUACCACCUUACCCUUCAAAAACGGCUGCAGCCUGCGACUUUACAAUUUAUACGAUGAGACCUGUCCGGAACUAAACUUAUUGCCUCCGUAUAGAAUUAAACGAGUCGUCAUAGCCUUCGUCGUCAUAGCCCUUAAGACCAUAAAGCUACUAUAGUAAUUCAGCUUUAGUUCCCAAGCUUGGGCGCAGUUCGCAGAGUACCUUUGUUGUGGCCAGAAUAAGGAACUUUUUCCAAAUCGUCUAGACAGGACGCAUUUCCAACCUUAAAAUUUCUAGCUCGCAAUCACCACUCGCAGCGGAGGUAUCAAAUAUUAUAUUUUCAAGCCUAAAAUUUCAAAUUUUUUUUUUAUUUUUGAAAAUUUCUCAAAGCAAACUUUUCAGGAGCCCUCCCAGAAGACGAUCCUGAAAGUUCUGACGAGGCAGUACCUUCCGAACCAUUUUAUUACUACCACAGAGACUCUUGA